ACACACUCCGAUGCCAAAGACAGGGUCGAUUUAAACAGUAAAAACAAACAGUUUGGGACCAAUAUCAUGGAGGCCACAGGGUUCUGUGGAAUGGAGGUGGCGACUCGGGGGCUAGUGGGGGGAUCUGGCAGCAGCUCCCCUCCAGAGCUGGACAGCCCAGGUAGCCAGGAGCACCUGGGGCUGUUUGAGCUGGUCAGUAGUUGCUGCAGUGAGGAGGUGAGAGGGGAGACUCCAGGGAGAGAGGACUGCCCCCUGGACCCCAACAAUGCUGAGCUGGACCCAGGCGGUGGUGGUGGCAAGAUCAAGGACCAAAAGGGAUUGGGAAAAGAGGUUCUCCUACUGAUGCAAGCCCUGACCACACUAGCCUCCCCAGAGGAGAAGCUGGCCGCUUUGUGCAAGAAGUAUGCUGAUUCGCUGGAGGAGAGCCGCAGUAUACAGAAGCAGGUGAAGGUGCUGCAGAAGAAGCAGUCCCAGAUGGUCAAAGAGAAGAUCCACCUGCAGAGUGAACACAGCAAGGCCAUCCUGGCACGCAGCAAGCUGGAGAGCCUCUGUAGGGAACUGCAGAGACACAACAAAACCCUCAAGGAUGACAACACGCAACGGUCCAGAGAGUAUGAGGAGCGUCGGAAGGAGGCCACCCUUCACUUCCAGAUGACGCUGAACCAGAUCGAGGUACAGAUGGAACAGCACAACUCUCACAACUCCAAGCUGCGCCAGGAGAACAUGGAGCUGGCACAGAAACUCAAGAAACUCAUCAAACAGUACGAGCUCAGGGAGGAGCACAUUGACAAGGUGUUCAAGCACAAGGAGAAGCAGCAGCAGUUGGUGGAUGCCAAGCUCCAGAGGACAGCUGAGCUGAUGAGAGAGUUGGAGGGGAAGCAGCAGAGAGAGAGAGACUUUCUCCUGAAAGACGCCACCGAGUGGAGACAUGAGUGUGAGCUGUUGAAGGAACAGGAGACUCAGCUCAAACAGCAGCUCUCUUUGUACAUGGACAAGUUUGAGGAGUUUCAGACCACUCUGGCGAAAAGCAACGAGGUGUUCACUACCUUCAGACAGGAGAUGGAGAAGAUGACCAAGAAGAUCAAGAAGCUGGAGAAGGAGACGACUCUGUGGAGAACGAAGUGGGAGACCAACAACCAGGCUCUGCUACAGAUGGCUGAGGAGAAGACACUGCGGGACAACCAUUACAAGGGCCUGCAUGGGAAGCUGGAGUGCCUGGAGAAACUGUGCCGGGCUUUGCAGAAGGAGAGGGACGACCUAACCACCAAACUGGGAGACCUACAGUCAACAACCGAGGAGGAGACGGGACCUCCAGACCCCCAGCCCAGCCAGGAGUCUACCCAGGAUGAGAUGUCUCCGCCUGGGAGGGGGGAAGAGACGCAGCCCCCUACUACCCCUGAACUGGAGCUAGAGUCCUCCACCACAGAGCAACUUGACAACUGAGCCACUAACCCCCGCUGCCUUUUUGGGGGUAUAUUUGAAUACAGUAUAUCUUUUUUUGUGUGUUUAAAGUUAUAAUUAAGAUUAAAAUGACUGCAUUAUUAACAAUGAAUAUAA